AUGGCUUCACUUGAUACUAUUGAAGCUCAAUUAGAGAACCCGAUUCGGAAUGUGUUGGAUAGAUUAGCAGCUUUACAUCAACAAUGUUAUGCUUGGUCAAAAGAGCAAAGUAAACAAGAGUUGGAAGGUAUCAAAGCAACAGUGGAGGCCUGUAGUCGAUUGAUGAACAGUGUGCUGAGCGGAAAGCGCAGGAUGCACGCAAUCAGUUUGAAGAUGUUCAAGUUAAUCAAAUCAGAAAUGCAACAAUUUGAACCAGAGAAAGUCGCAGAUUCCAAAAGUGUGAUUUGUGGCUAUGUUGACGGGAUAACUGAAAGACAGGAAUGGGAGUAUUAUCAUUUGUUACAAUCUCUGACUAAACAACACGCCGAGGCAGCUGCAACACCUAACAAAUCUGUUCAAGAGCCGGAGCUGGUAGAUUCAAACAAAGUGGCUGAGACAACAGCUCUAGAUCCAUCAACACAAAUCGCAUCAACAACAAAUUAUGAGCCUGCUGCUCCGACUAAAGAAAAGACACUUGACCCAUGUCCCUUCGGCACGGGCUUGUUAGCCUUUGACGUGUUAUCUUGA